AGAGGCUGAGCCUGCGCUCGCAGCUGAAAUUUACAGAGAAAUCCAAGUGUGUCUUUUCGAAAUGGCAGAAACCGCUCCAGCAGCUCCCGCGCCGGCUAAAGCGCCAAAGAAGAAACCGAGCUCGAAGCCUAAGAAGAUUGGCCCUAGUGUGUCCGAUUUGAUCGUGAAGGCUGUGUCGGCUUCAAAGGAGCGUCAUGGACUAUCUUUGGCUGGGCUCAAGAAGGCUCUUGCAGCUGGUGGCUACGAUGUGGAGAAGAACAACGCACGCGUAAAACUGUCUGUAAAAAGUCUUGUGAGCAAAGGCUCUCUCGUGCAGACAAAAGGCACCGGCGCGGCUGGAUCCUUUAAAAUCAACAAGAAGCAAGCAGAAGCCAAGGAGAAAGCCACGAAGAAAAAGGCGGCUCCGAAUAAGAAGCCGGCUGCCGCCAAAAAAGUGAAAAAGCCAGUAGCUAAGAAACCCGCAGCAGCCAAGAAGACCGCUAAGAAGCCUGCCGCAGCCAAAAAGACCGCUAAGAAGCCUGCCGUAGCCAAGAAAGCCGCCAAGAGUCCCAAGAAAGUGAAGCCCGCUGCAAAGCCUAAAAAGGCAACAAAGAGUCCGAAGAAGGCCAAAGUAUCAAAGCCUAAAGCAGCCAAACCUAAAACUGUGAAGAAGGCUGCACCGAAAAAGUGAUCCGUUUUAUACGUGACCCGAUAACUAGAGAUCAACGGCUCUUUUCAGAGCCCC